AUGGGUACAGUUGUCAGAAAAAAUGAAUUUCAAUUUAACAUUUCUGAUAUCAACGAUAAAGAAGAAUUAAUUAGUGCCGAACUCCGAGUUUUUCGACUACGCCAUUACAUUAAAUUACCUCAUGGACAUCGUGGAUAUUAUAACGCUAAAGUAUUCCAAAUUAUGCCUCGUGGUUUUAAAGAUCGAUUAAUUGAUUCACAGGUAAUUGGUCAUCGCAGCCAUGGCUGGAAAGUUUUUUCUGUUUCUCCUGCUGUCCGUUAUUGGAUUCACUAUCCAAAGCAUAAUCUUGGCUUAAGGAUUGUAAUUACGGAGCUCAAUAGCGAAGAACCAUUGCAUCAAGAUUUGUACCAAUUUGCUAAGCAUCCACCACAUCAUCGCUCUAAGCAAGCAUUACUCAUAGUCAGUUCUAAUGUUCAGUUGCCAAAAUUGGCUAAUUUAGCAGAAGUCAUGAAAACAGUGGAAGGGAAAAAGUUGCAUUAUAAGGCAUCGGAGAACAAUCAAAAUAGUAAUCAGCUUGAAGAAGAUCAUCCAUCACGUAGUAAGCGUUCAGUUAAUAAGCGUCGUGAUACCAAUGGUCGAGGAUAUCUACCCCAAGAUUAUUCUAAUAGUCCGUGCCAUCGAGAAGACUUAGUUGUCGACUUUAAAGAUAUUGGUUGGGAAUGGAUCAUUUCACCGAGAUCUUUCAAUGCAUAUCAAUGUGUCGGUGUUUGUAAAUAUCCUUUAGGAAGUAAUACUAAUGCAACAUUACAUGCAACUCUUCGCGCUAUGAUGUCCUACUUUGGUCAAAAUAGCCAGCCUACCCUGCCAUGUUGUACACCAGAUCGUUUAAGAAGUCAUACAUUUUUAUUUUAUAAUGCUAACCAUGAGAUCCAAAUUAAUGAAUUUGACGGUAUGGUAGUUGAAACAUGUGGGUGCCAUUAA